AUGACGACCAACGGCAACCUGAGUCCGUCGCUAAGACGAGGUUCAUCCAACAUGUCGUCGCGCCGCCCUUCUCACGGAGCUGAAGGUCCUACCAUCUUGAGCACCGCAGGCGCAAACAUGCCCAUGCGACACCCCCGUCCCUUGACGGCGGCUGAACUGCACCUCGAGCUCGAGAAGGAGCAGGAAGCUGUCGUAUGUUUUCUUCUUUCGUCCUCCCUAUUCUCGCCUUCUAACACUCGAUCCCAGGUCAACCGUCUCACACGCGAGCUUUCAGCACUUCGCGCCCAACACUCUGCCUCUGUCGCCAGUAACGCUUCGCAAACCAGCUCCAAUCAAGCCCUAGACACUGGUCUCUCACAUCCAACUCCCACACGUCAACACCGUUCUUCGUCGACCGCUUCAAGCCGCAGCCUUAGCAAUCCCUCGGCCAGUUCGAGUCACGUCAACAUUCAACAUCCUCAACCCACUGCUCCUCUUGCCGGCGUCUCGCAAGCCUCCUUUGACCGCGCCGCUGCAGCAGCAGGCUCUACAACCACCUCAUCCAUCAGCCGUAACCCUUCCAUCCGCAGCACUUCAGGUCACUCGACACCAGCUCUCGCUCCAGCAUCCGCUACAUCCAUCCCUCACCGUCCUUCUUUGUCGCAAGCCGCCAGCGCAAUCUCCACAGCUGGCUCCUUCACACCAGGUCCAGUCUCGCCAUACACAUCGACUUCCAGCACUGCCGAGAUUGCUUCUUCGCGCGCUGAGCUCGAGCUCGUCAAACAAGAGAAUGAAGCCCUCCGCCAGCGCGUCAAGGCUCUUGAACGCGCUCUCCGCAGUCGCAGAAACAGUGUCACUUCUGAAGCUAGUGUCAACACAAAUAACCCCAACCCUCGCAUCGAAGCUGCUACUGUCUCGCGUCCCAGUGUCAGUGCUUGGGCAGCAAACAUGGCGGGCAUGACUAGUGUCGCUGGACCUAGAGAAAGAAGUGAAAGUCAGAGUACUACUGCAAGCAGAAGACCUGAGGGCUUGGAAAGAGAGGACUCUAUUCGUGUGGGAGAGAGUGCUGCCAAUGUGGGCUUGGGCUUAAAGUAG